UUUGCCAGAGUAGCUUCCCCUGAGAGUUGUUUAUGUACUGCGAGUUUGUCAUCUGUUGUUUGGAAAGCUAAAAUAUUUCUGAUAAAUCAUGAAUUCUGAAGUAUUGCCAGCAGAGAACCAGGUAGCCCUAUCACCAAAAAAGGAGAUAGUCAAGUCCACUGCAGUUGUUGAAUGGUCAGCCACUCGUUUUCCUGUUCAGUUUUGCAAACUGAGUCUCAACACCAAUAUUAAUGAUACACCAGCCAAUUGGCUACGGAGCCAAUCAUCUGUGGAGCAGCACCUCAGAGACCUGACUUGGCAGCGAGAGCGUUCAGAAUUUUCCAGUUUUAUGAUGGCCAACUCCUACCCAGACUAUGCUGGUGAAGUGGAUGUUGUCUCAGAUGCAGAAAAUAUUAAAAAGCUGUUGAAGAUGCCAUUUCUCUCAACAUCCCACAUCAGCAUCAUGGUGCAUCGUGUGGGACGCACCCUGCUGCUGGAUGAUUUUGAUAUCCACAAGCAUUUGCUUCGUAAUGAGUCAGAAAACUGGUCUUGGAUGCGGCAGUUUUUUAAAGACACAAUUUUAAAAAAUGAAGAAGAAAUGAACUGUGUACCACGUAAAACCAAGAACCAAGAUGUGAUGCAAAACCGCAUUAUGUAUUCUAAGUUUCUAUACCAUAGUGUAACAGGCAGCAGCAGCCAAGAACUAGAGCUCUCUCAUGUGGACAGAACGCAUCAAGUUUCUCCAACGCCAAGUAAUCAGCUACAGCACUUUGUUGCAGACCAUGCACCUAGCAUAGACACGCUUGGCCGUCAGGAGUUCAACAGGCAGGCUCUCUGGACAUUUGAGGAUAUCCGAAUGCUGAUUGGUACCGACUUACCCAUUUUCAGUGUGGGUGAUCAUCCAUGUGUCAGUCUUCGAUUAAGAGAUGCAGCACAGCCAAUCAAUGUGGUGACAGGGCUAGACUACUGGUUGGACAACCUUAUGUGUAAUGUUCCAGAGGUAGCUAUGUGUUACCAUGACAAUGGUUUUGUUAAGAAAUAUGAACUGAUCAAAACUGAAGACAUCCCCAAACUAGAAGGGUCAAAAUUCGACCCUCAACUUGUGAAAGACAUUGCUUGCAACAUUCUUGCAUUUCUUCGUAACAGUGCUACAAAGGAGGGUCACACAUACUGGCUGUACAAAGGCAAGAAGUCAGGAGUAGUCAAGUUGUAUGACCUGACUGAGCUGUGUGAAGGCAGUGUGCCACAAGAGGGCACCACACCAUUUACAAUGCCUGUUGGCAUGCUUCUUUAUCGUGUGGCUCGCCGAAUGCGCCAGACUAGUGACCGCUUCAAGAUUGCAGAAAUCAAGGCAUUGUUGCAGAACUCCUUAAGACUUCUGGAUGAAAACAAACAUGGGCAGGUCUGUACUUCAUCGAAUUACCUGCUUUCUGACCUUUAUGUACCUGACAGUUGUAUCCAGAACAAGUGGGUUGUAGAAGAGACUACAGAAGACUCCAUUGAAGAGAGUUCAGAGUCUGAUGAUGAAUCUGAGACAGAAGAUAAGGCAGAAAUGUUAGUGGAAAUCAAGUCACUGUUUCAACGUGACUUCUGUGAAAGCAAACGCCGAAAGCGUGUGCAACUGGAGGGCAUUAAUGGUACACCUGAUGAAAGAUGUAAAAUUGGAUUGCAGUAUGUACGAAAGGGCUUGGUCUGUCUGGAGCGGGAUUUGCAGAUUUUGAAUAAAAAGCGACCAAGCAGCAGCUUUGUGGAAGAGCAGCAAACAUGUGACUCUAGCAAGGCCAUCCCUUUGAAAUAUGAACCCAUCCAUAAGGGAGGCAAUUUUCGUGAUGAAUCCCUGUGGCAGCUAUCCACACAAACCUCUUUCAGGGGAAGCUGGCAUCAGCUGUCCAAAGCACUUCUACUAAGGAAAGCUUGUAUGGCAAACUAUGUAUUAGCUGCAGAAUUCCUGGCUAACCAGCAGUAUGGUUGCUCACUCAAACAUGUUCGUUAUGCCAUCCAUUGUUUUGAAUCCAUGGCUCGCCUAAUUCCCAGCAAGGAGAAGGAGAACAAAGAACUACUGAUGCUGCUUUUCCUGACUGCAGCAGAAUCUCGCUAUUUUCUUGGAAUUAGUUCAAGAGGUUUGGAUGAGCACCAGCGAGGCUAUGAUGACAUGAAUGAGGAUGACACAUAUAUUCUGGAUCGAGCCCAAAGUGUCGUCCCAGUGCCUGAGAUGGCAUGGGUGUCUAAGUGGACGACAAAUCAAGUGGAAAACCUGCAAGACAGUGUGAAAUGCUUAGAGCGCAUCACCAUCUUGGCACACUCAGAGCAAACUAAACACAGAUCAAUGCUGAUGGAUGUCGCCAAAAAAAUGGGCAGCUCUUACAAUGAGCUCGGCAAACUUGCAAUGGCUCGUGCUGAAUUACUGCUUAGGAAAGAAAUGAAUUUUGAAACAAUGAAGGAAGUUUGGUCACAAAGCAAGUAUUUUUUUGAGCGGGGUGUGGAGGGGUUCCAUGACAUAAGCGAUGCCAAAAAUGAAGCAGUAGUUCAGUGUAACCUGGCCAGACUGCACCGCCUAGCAGCUCAGGCGCACACUUGUGAGAUGGAGAGCUGUGGUGGGCAGUUCACCUCAGAAAUGCGCCAUCAUUUAAAAGCAGCAUGCUUGUGCUUUGAAAAUGCACUGAAAUGUUUGGGUUCCACCACUAAACAUGGAGAUUUUCGCAACACCGUUUUGUGGGACUAUUCAACAUGUUAUGCACACAUGGGCAUUCUGCUGCAGGACUUUCCACCAAUAGCCACAACAAACAUACAAGAGAUCGCUCGAGAAGUGAUAGAUCUGUUAAGUCGGUCCAUCAAAUUAUGCAACCAGAUAACAGUAGAUUCAGAGAACAAAAUUUUAUGUCCAUACCGUAUUGCAACCUUAGAGAGACGGAUAGCCUCUCAGCACUUCAAAUGCUUUCAAGAUGAGAAACAAGAGGUGAAGAGAAAACACUUUGAGUCAUGGGCUGAAAACAGUUACAAGCGUGCGAUCAGUUUGUUUGCAACAUCUCCAGAAUGGGCCUAUGAGAUGCUGGAAUGCAUGACAGAGAGAUUGUGUCUACACACUAGCAUCUUUCAAAGCCAGGAUAAAACUGCUGGUGUCAAGAAAGAAAAAAUGCUGGAGAAACUGCUGAUCUCAGUCACUGAAUUUGAGGCCCCUUUGAAGAAUUUGUCUGAAGCUGUCAAUAAAUAUCUGCAAGGCAAAGAUUUCACAAGUGCUGAGUCAGAAGUGGGGGAAAAGAAAGACAAGUACCUCAAGCUAGCAGCCUACUUGCUGAGUAGCAUCCAGACUAUUCUUUUGUGGUGGCUUCAAUGGAGCUGCAGCAGUAAGAAAAAGUUGAAAGAGUGUACAGAUGAGACAAGGACUCUUAAAUCAUUGUAUAACAAGAGUUUGCAUCUGGCCAAGGAGGAGGGAAAGUGUGUCAAUAGAUUAAAGCAGUUGUUAGAGCUGGUGCAGGACAUAAGACUUUACUAUAAAUCCAAUUUUCAAUGAUGAAUCUUCUUUUGAAAGUAACUAACUAAAUGUAACUACGACAAGGUGCAAAGGAAAAUUCUUCUUUAUUAUAGACUUUCCAGUUAUAAGUUUAGCAUGUCAUCAGCAGUCUGUGCUAAACACCAACAUCAGACAUUAUUUUAUACAUAUUGCCAUUAUCGAUGCCCUGCCACUUGCCUGCCCAUAAAAGGUCCCUUUACAAAUUUUCCUUGAUUACCACAGAGACAUUUCACCAUUAGAGUGUGUUCUGCAAAGACAGGAAUCAUUCUUUCCGACCAUUCUUUUAACAGUAUUACUCUCAAAAUUGUCUUAAGUCCUGUUAGAAAUAGUUGGUCAAGCAUUUUUAUAUCAGGUUAUGAGGCAUUGCAUUAGUGUAUGUUUAUUUGUACAGUCGUUGUUUACAUCUCAUGUUUUAUAUAAAUAGAUUUUAAGUCUCUUUGUGCUUGAGAGAGAGUGUAUGUAAAAGAGUGAAUGUCCGUGCACAAAGCUGACAAUAUGGGAAAGAAAAAAGUCCAUAAAUAGAAGUUGGUUAAAAUAUUAACAGCCAUAGCAUCAGGAUAUGAAAGUUUACAGGUUAAAUUCUGCUUCAAGAAAUUUUAAAAAGAUUGAGACAUUUUGUAAUUACUAAAUUUCCUUAAAAAUCAGCUAUAAUGUUGCUCACCAUUACAUAACUUUAUUGUAAGCAAAGCACUUAAAGCAAAUUUUUAACUCACCAAGCUCUAUAUUUUAUUCACAAUAUCCAGACAUUAUUUCUGAGUUAUGUGGUAAUUACUUAUUUGCUUACAUGAGUAUGAUCCAAUUUCUAUCCACAUCAUAGAUUUCACGUAAUGAUUUUAAUUUAAAGAUAGAAUAUGAUUUUGCUACUGUUUAAGAACUUUAAGGAUGUGCUUUGUUAAGUGCAUUUGGAUUUAUUUAUUGUGUAUUUUUGUGAAAGAUGGAUGCACAGCAUGAAGCAGUGCCUGAAUAUUGAGAGAAUUAAGUGUAUAAUUUAAAUAAUUAUUUUAACUAACUAAAAUUAAACCAGUCAUUGAACAGA